CAUGAUGGCGUCACUUGUUAAUACAUAUCUUCGGAAAAGCCUACAAAAAGUGACUUCUAGAUGUAGAGAGUUAACUGUUGUUUUAGGAAACGAAGCUGGCGAUAUGGAUAGUGUUGUGGGCUCUAUUUGCCUUGCAAUGUUCUUGGAUUCUCAGCCAGAGUACGGAAUGACCCCUGUUAUUCCCGCCAUCAACUUUCCGUUGGAUGAACUACCUUUACGGACUGAUGUUUAUCAUUUAUUUCAUCAGAUUGGAUUGGAUAUUUCAUCACUGAUUUCUGUUAUACCAAGCACCACUACAAUAGACCACGCAGGUAACUAUUUGGAUCUUGUUGACUUACUACCGAAUAUUGUUCUCUAUGACCAUAAUCAACUUUCCGUUUCUCAAAGCUUCCUCAACAAUAAUGUAGUUGGCAUUGUUGACCACCACUUUGAUAAUAAGUUAUAUGUCGAACAAACUAAUAGACUACGAGUUAUCGAAACGGUAGGCUCUGCCUGCACGUUAGUUGCUGAACUUUACAAGGAGGCUGGUAUCACAGUUCCGUACCCUAUUUUAUUUUUAUCGACCAUAAUUUUGGACACAGUUAACUUUGACUCACAGCAACAAAAAACAACACUUAAGGACGUCAAAAUGUUUGAAUGGCUUUCUUCAAUGAUGCCAGAAAAGAUAGACUCACAUAAAGUAUUUGAGAAACUGUCGGAAUGGAGAAGGGAUAUUUUUGGGCUAUCACUUGAACAAAAUUUCAAACGUGAUUAUAAAUUUUUUAGUUUUGAAAUGGGUGACAAGAACUCUCAUUUGGAUACCGGCAUAAGCUCUAUCCCGUGUUCCUACGAUAAGUUUAAAGAUAAGUACACCUUGGAAGAAAUAGCUUCUUCUUGCUAUCUCUUUUUGAUUAGAAAUAAACUUGAUGCCUUAGUUGUAAGUUUUGCAGGUAAAAAGGAUGAAACUCAUACGAGGGAUAUCCUAUUUGUUGUGAAAGUGAGCGAAUUUCAAAUGUUCAUAGAUUACGCGAAUUCAUUCCAAAAGCGUCUAAUAUUCUACCCAUCAGACAAGAUUGAGAUAGGAAAGAGCCAUAUACUAAUUGCCUUCUCUUUAAGCGACACUUCUGUUUCGAGGAAAAGUCUGGUACCGUCACUCGCUAAUUUUCUCAAAGGCAAGACUCAAAGUACUCUUUAAUAUUUUGUGAGCUUUGCUUCUUUUAGUAUAUAAAUAUUAUGUGAUACCCAUAUUUUAAUCUCGAA